AUGAAAAUGCACCGACUACAAUUUCUACUCUACUGGCUGGCACAGAUCUGUCUCGUCACAGCACAGUUUCAGGGCUUCAAUCCCUUUGGAAACGGUGAGCUCACAUACACAAUUCGUGUCCCUCAAGGCACAGCUAGCGCCAGCAUGGGACCUGUAUACUUCCAGAUGAACUCUACACGCUCAGUGGAGUGGUUUGCUCUGGGACAGGGAGCCGCUAUGCACGGUUCUAAUAUGUUCGUGGUGUAUACCUCGGGCGACAACUUUACUAUCUCCCCGCGAGCAGGCACAGGCCAUUAUGAGCCGUUGUACGACAAGCAUGCGCAAGUUUCACUCACCAAUGGAAGCGGGGUACACGAUGGAGUCAUCACUGUCAAUGUUCGGUGUGACAGUUGCAGCUUUUCCGGCGGUGGGAUGGUGAAUCUGACCAACGUUUUCAGUCCCUGGAUCUGGGCUGUCAAGUAUGGAGCACCGUUGAAUACAAAAAGUGUAGCAGCGAGGAUCGCAGAGCAUGAUGCCUUUGGUACAUUCUUCGUCAAUCUCACCAAAGCAAUAGGCCCCGACAGUGAUGAUCCGUUUGUUAAUUUGGACAAGACCUCGAUUACGAGGGCCUUCCCAGAGCUUUUUGAUCAUGAGGGCUUCGAUAGGAAGAGGACUGCCCACGCGGUCCUGAUGGCGGUCGCGUUUGUCUUGCUAUUCCCUCUAUCUGCGUUAACACUUCAUAUCUUGCCGUCCACGCAAGUCGUACGAAUCCAUGCAAUGCUGCAGCUCUUCACGCUGGCUGUGACAGCCGCAGGCUUUGGACUUGGAGUCGCAAUGGCCAAGGAUGUUCAUCUUCUGAAACAUCACCACGAAAUCAUUGGCAUGGUGGUCGUCGCAUGUCUAGUUCUCUUCCAGCCUGGCAUGGGUCUCUUACAGCACCGAUAUUUCCAGAAGACAGGCGGCAAGGGUCCCUUUGCCUAUUUCCACCGCUGGCUCGGAAGAAUCAUGAUCAUCUUGGGGGUGGUGAAUGUAGGCCUGGGAUUUGAGAUCACUGGUAUCGGUUCCUCUGAUGUACCCGAAGGAGCGGUGAUUGCCUAUGGAGCGGUCGCAGGAGUGAUUGCGAUUGUGUACACGGUGAUUGUCAUGUUGACUGGGCGACGGGCCACAUCAGGUUGA